AUGGGUGUCAUCACGUGUACAGAUGAGUACACUUCCCCAAUCCCUCCAGCCAGGUUGUUCAAGGCCUUGGUCCUUGAUGCUCACAACCUUGUCCCAAACCUCAUGCCUCAAGCUGUUAAGAGCAUUGACACCCUUCAAGGUGAUGGAAGGGCAGGAAGCAUCAAGCAAAUCAACUUUGCCGAAGGCAUGUCUAGCUAG